CGUAGUAAAGAUGAUGUAGCGUGUGUUGGAGACGAAAGAAAACGCUGCUGUUAAUAACAGCUCAUCUCCGGCACUUCAUCCCUCAUUGGCAACACCACUUUGACCCACGCUGCUCCCUUUUGUUGUGCUUUUGUCCGAGAAGAGCAGCGCUCAGGCCUAGGAACUGUCAACGAGCACCAACGGUCUGAGAGAGCGGCUGCAGGAGCCUGGUGAUGGUUGCCAUGCAGUCCUAUCUUCACCUCACGCGACCUGCACUGGUCAUAGUGAGCUUCUCUGUCUGCCUUACGAGUGCAGUACAGGUACAGUGUGGUAAUGGGACAUUUAUGGACGACAACCUGUGUCGCCCAUGCGGCUUCUGCUUGGGAGAGACAGAUGGUACAACCGAGGCCUGUGACCCCAGCACCGGCGCAUGCGCACAUGGCUGUGUCCAGGGCUACACGGAGCCGUUGUGUCUGAACAAAUGCGGUGCUUGUAUUGGUGGAAAUGACCAGUGCGCCAAUGGAGUCUGCACUGUCGGGUGUGAGCAGGGGUUCACGGGGCCGUCCUGCAACAUUCCCUGUACAGCCGGAACAUUUGGGGAAAACUGCGAGCAAGCGUGUGGACACUGUGAAGGUGGCAACACCACGUGCGACACUAUAGUAGGAGCGUGCAAAGAAGGUUGCGAGGAUGGGUGGUCAGGACUGUUCUGCAACAUCCAGUGUCCCAACGGCCGGUGGGGCCCGAACUGCGACAAGAAGUGCGGCAACUGCGACAGGAUGGAUAACUGCAACAAGGCAACCGGUGGAUGUAAGGGACAGUGCAAGAAGGGAUGGAGGAACUUUGACUGCACUGAGCCGUGUCCUCGAGGCUACCACGGCAAGAACUGUCUCAUCAAGUGCAAAGGCUGCAAGAAAGGCUGCACGUGCCACCCGGUCACCGGUGUGUGCGAGACCGAGUGCAGAAGACCUGGAUUUGACAACAUGGGGGUAGAGGCCAUCGACGACAGACCAGCGGCGUUUGCUGCGUCAGAGAUCAUAUGGUCAGAUGGCAAGUCUCACGAGAGGACAGCGACACCGAGAAUGCUAGAGACGCCACCCUCAUCAUCAGCCUCUCGCUCUCGUCCUGGCAGUUGCAGCUGUGGUUGGCGUCUUCAUCACAAAAAAGUGACUUCUAAACGUCUAAAGCCCUUCCCUCAUCUCCUCUUCCUUUAUCACUUCGUCAUCUGUAUUAUUAUUAGUUAGUGUUGUUGUUGUUGUUGUUGUUGUUGUUGUUGUUGUUGUUGUUGUAGUAGUAGUAGUAGUAGUAGUAGUACACACUUGUUUUUGUGUUGCUCUUUAGCUGAUCAGAUUCAGGUCGGAUAUUUUUUGCGACGAUUGCGUGGUUUUGCGUGAAAGAACCGAUUGAUUGAGCUUAAUUCUUUCGAAAUGGAAUCCAAAAUAAGACUACGGUGUAGAUGCGUUGCCAAAAAAAAAAA